AUGCUUCCAUCUCUCGAAACGAACCUUUCCAAGUGGGAGUCUUCAGGUGCGCUCGCGCGGGGCGUCCGCAGUGACGUCUCCGACGGGAGUGCCUCUUCCAUGUUUCCAGCCGCUGGAGCUAGUGAAAAUGCCCUCUCCAGCUUAGGCUCCGCCAGCGUCGUCGUCGUAGGACCGCCAACCGGUGGUGCUAAAAUUGGCGAGCAAAGUGCCUCGCCGCGGCACCCGUGCCUUUCUCGAAUCCCAGGCAGGUCUCAUCAUCACCCGCUAGAGGCGACACUCCCGCCCGAACGCUCGACGUCCCUCGAGGUUUCAAUGUCGACGCACGAGGUUGCUGGCUUGGCCGCCCUCUACUCCCUGCCUGCCGCCCCCAGCCCCUGCGAUGACCUUGUGUUGGAGCAGUUGCUCACGUCCGCAAACGGGGCUCUCCGACCGAAGCGAAACUUGCCUCGCCAGCGAGUCAGCCGUCCACCGAGUCGCCCGGGGGGCGGCAGCGGCGGGGAGACGCAGCAAAACGCGUACCACGUGACUACCGCCGCAGACCUAUCUUCGCGACCUGGCGAAGAAGAGGACUGCCUCUCUUCUUCGCUUACCUCCAAGCCUCUCCCUCCUUCUCCACUACCGCCCGGCGCUGAACUUCCUGCCGACGCGCUCUGGGCGCCCAUGUGGCCUCCAGACAGACAGCCGCGCGACGCCCUCCCUUUCGCGGCGCUCCCGCGAGAGGGCCUCCGCCUGGGCAGUCGGCGCUCCCCGCGUGCCGCCACCGCGUCGCGGGAGGGACGCGGGAAGCCGGAGGCGGGCGACGCCACGGGCCGCAGGGACGCAGGGGAGUUGUCUGAGCACGCUGUGUCUUCCGAGGAGCUUUCUGGGAGUUUCUGGGAGCGUUCUGUUCAGCGCAUUCUCGGCGAAGCGGCGUCGGCGCUGCGGCGCUAUCCGUUGGAGAGCCGCACCGCCGCCGCCGAGGCCUCGAAUUCGCCAGGUCUUCCCCCCCAGGCUCGCAGCUCAGCGGCGGCAUGGUCGGAGGAGAGCAAACUGCUGUCGCUUCGCGCGCUUUCCCGAAACGCCGCGGACCCUCGCGUUCCGGAGGCCACCUCCGAACUGGUUCAGGCCGUCGCGGAAGGAGUCCUUCGCUCUGGCCGCGGCGCGGGCGGGACUGGCGAGGGGCGGGGCGCGAUCAGCGCCUCUCCACUCAGAGGUCUCGACACGCAGCCGCAGCGCGGGCGCAGAGACGGCCCGCCGGGAGGUGCUGCCUCCGUUGACGAGGUCGCAGAGUGUCUCGAGCGCUUGUACGAAAAAAACGCAGAAAACACCGCCCGCUUGCGUCUCGCGUUGAUGCUGUCGCGGGGCGGCUACGUUCACCCCAGUGAGUGCUCCAGUCGAGCGCAGCUGGACUGCGACGAGGAGGCGAAGGAUGGGCUCGAGACCGCCGUCGCCGCGGAGAAGCGGGGUCGGGCGGAUCUCCCCGGGGAGCUCUGCUGUGCCCCGGCCGCGGAGUGCGCCGCGGGCAGGGGGCUCGGGGAGAACGACUGGGAGGCCGCAAGCGGGUUAGCGGCUGGCGGGAGUGCAGAGGGCGCACGCGCCCUCGCAGAUGGGCGCCGGAUUCGCGCGCUUCUCGCGGCCAGCGCAGCAGGAAGCGCCAUGGACGGCAAGCGACGGCGUAGGGGUUCCUUCGGGGAAGAAGUGGGGAGAGGAGGCAAGCUUCUCUGCACGGAAAAGGACGACGACGCGGGUCUGGCUGUCUCCUCGCGUGUGGGAUGCACGCGGGCGGACGACCUGCUUUCCAGUCUCGCUUCGCGGGUCACCCAUCCGCGAGCCUUCGACGCGUCGUGCCCCCCACCGGAGGCGCUCCGGUCGGCAGGGGCGGCUGGAGACGGCUGUGCCCCCUUGCCAGGCACCGUGGUGGGCAACGCUUUGCAGGCGGACUUGCCGUCGCUGUGUUUUCUGGCACGCGGCGAAACAGGCUUCCAAGCGGCGCGGCCGCAGCCGCGGGGGUAUCCGCUCGGCGAAGACGAGGCUCUGCGACAGACAGUGGCGCGCCGGGAGCUCGACAUGGGUCAGUUUUCGAGCUCCGUGGUGCGGUCGUUUCCGUUUCCCCUCAGUCGCCAGGUGGUGGGCGAUCGGCACGCGACGUUCGCCCCCGCCCAGAGCGAGGAGCUGGACGAGAUGAAGACGCGCAGUUCGGGCGUCGCGACACCCGAGAGCGAUUUUUUCGUGAUGAAGAGCGGUCGGCUGCCUGUCGGGAGCGAGGUGAGGGGAACUGCGGACAGACAUGCGGAGACGCAGGGCGGAAGGCGGUUUGGCAAAUUCGCGGCGGGCCCUGGAGUGCCAGACUGCCAGGAAGGCGGCGUGGGCCGGCAGCCGGCGCCGGUCGUGGACGGUCGCAGCGGAGGCCCCCAGGCGGGGGACGAGGCGGAAGACCGGAAUUUGCCCGAAUGUUGGACGGUGGGACAAAAGGACCACUUUACGGAGAAGUACAAGUGGCUGUUCAUCAGUGGCGGGAUGCUGGGGUGUCUGUACUGUCGGGCAAUGAAGGACAGAGGGUUGCGGGCGAGGAAGCGGGGGAUGAAGAUCGUUAGUCACUGGGCAGACGGGGCGGUGAAGCCCUCUGGCGCGUCGCGGGUGACCAAUAUGCGGAGUCUGCGCAAGAAAAUUUGCCGCCACCAGGACUCGCGGACGCACAAGGAGGCUGCGGAGUUGCUCGGCGAGGGCUCUCUAGAGGAGGCGUUUGGGGGCGCGGGUCGGAAAGUGCACGAUGCUGCGCGGCUAGCGACGCUGCGCGCGGGUGCUGCCUCCCCUGCAGCUAUGGGGGGCAACACCGGAAUGAACGACUGGGAGCGGCAACUGCACUUCCUUGAGCCGCGUCCGCGCGGAGAGGCGCCGGGCGACGGCUUUCCGCCGCGGAUGGGCGGAGGGCCGCCGGUCGGCGGACCGGUGCCUGCGGUGCCGGAGCACGCCCGGACAGGGGGGGGACGAGGAGACGACAGGGAGACCGGCGGGCACGUCGGAUUUGCGUGCGGGCAGCCGCGACGAGAGCCGGCCGCGGACAGCGAACCGGAAGAGGACAGCGACGAUGAAAGCGUGGACUCGGGCCGCCGAGGCGAAUGCAGUGGAGGCGCAGACGCGAACGGGCGCGCUGAGGUCGACCUGCGGAAGACGCAUGCAGCCGUCUUCCGGGCGAUCGAUGGCGGAUAA